AUGUCUUCAGAAAACGACCCCCUAUGCAAACCUUCUCCAGUCUCUUAUAAUGCCCUUGACGAUUCCCCCCCUCCGUCUCCAGUCGUAGAUCUUCCAUCCCACCCCACAACAGACAAACUUUGGAUUCUCGCUGGUCUUUAUAGCGCCGUAUUUUUGGGAGCGUUGGACGGUAAGAAAAAAGGCAUUCAUGCGCGCUGGCAGACCACCAACAUGCAACCAGGCACGAUUGUGGCGACCCUUUUAACAGCGAUUGGUUCUGACUUCAACAAAUCGAACGAGGCCUCAUAUAUCGGCACAUCAUACCUGCUAUCUCUAUGUUGCUUUACUCCUCUAUACGGUCGUCUGGCCGAUAUUCUUGGCCGUAAGGGUGCGAUGCUGCUUGCGCUAUUCUUUUUCGGUUCCGGGACCAUCUUUUGUGGCUUAGCCCCAUCGAUGGAAACGCUCAUUCUGGCACGAGCAGUGGCCGGUAUGGGCGGGGGUGGUGUUAUGACGGGUACGGUCGACUCAUACUUGCGGCUGAUAAUCCUCAUCGCCCUCCUUCUAGUGUCGACAAUAGUAACUACCGACUUAAUUCCUCUCAAGCAACGUGGGCUAUACCAAGGCCUCGCAAAUAUAUUGUUUGGUCUUGGUGCUGGGGUAGGCGGUCCUCUCGGAGGAUGGGUUAAUGACACAUUUGGUUGGAGGUCGGCCUUCUACUUUCAGGCCCCCCUGAUGAUUUUCAGCGCUACUUUGGUCGCCUGGAAGGUCAACAUACAGCUGCCAUCGGAAAUCCAGGACCAACCACUUCAUGAAAAACUGCGUCGUAUCGACGUGCUGGGCUCCCUGACGCUCGUUGGCUUUGUCGGUUGCCUCCUCCUCGGUUUCAGCCUCAAAUCAACCGAAGAACUCCCUUGGUCACAUCCGCUCAUUUAUGGUCUAUUUGCUUCCAGUGGUUCCUGCGGGGUCUUGUUCUUCCUAGUCGAAAAAUAUUGGGCAUUUGCUCCGGUCAUGCCGUUGCACCUCAUAACGCAACGGACACCAUUUGCCGUUUCUCUUUCCAAUCUCUUUGCCAGUAUGGCGGCGUUUUCGAUGCUUUACAAUGUUCCGCUGUAUCUUUCUGCAGUUAAAUUGUACUCUUCAACCAGUGCCGGCGCACACCUGAUCCCACAUUCGAUAGCUAUACCUUGCGGGAGCGUGGCAGCCGGGUGGUUGAUGCGGAGAACAGGGAAAUUAUAUACGUUGACCAUCGCGGCUGCUUCCUCCAGUCUCUUCGCCAACAUCCUCGUGGUUUUCUGGAACGACCAUACCGCGCCAUGGCAUCUGUGGGGAGAUCUCGUGCCCCAAGCGCUGGGAAUGGCUGCCUUCAUAACCAGCACUCUUAUCGCAAUGAUUGCUGGGGUAAAUAGGGAGGACAUGCCUGUCGCGACUGGUAUCACGUACCUCUUCAGAACAACUGGCCAAGCGCUAGGUGUUUCACUUUCAGGUACUCUUAUGCAAACAGUGCUUUUGGAGAAACUCCGAGCAAGAAUCCACGACGCCCACUCCGCCGAGAUUAUCUAUGAGAUCCGACAUUCAGCCGCCAGCAUACCAAAUUUACCUCCCCAGUGGAGGCAAAUCGCUGUAGACUCAUAUGGGGACGCCCUGCGGGUAGUCUUCAUUUUCCAGGCGGCAUUAGCACUGCUAUGCCUGCUUGCUUGUAUGCCCAUCGAAGAAAAUCCUUUGCCCGGUUCCCCUCCGGCGUUACGGCCUUCCGAGAGUAGGACUAGUCUUGACGAACAGCCAUAG